AACGGCAUGUGGUACAGCACUUUCAUGUGGUACACGCAGACAGUUCCCAGGAAGGUACGUACUAUUUAAACAGAAUCAGAACAGAGAUAAUGUUUUCAGCUCUCUUGGAUAACGAGCGCGAACCAUCGUCUGCGAGGCAAUCCCAACGUUUGGUUUAAAUGGCUUCCCCUAGGUUAUUCAAGUUCCUCCUUGCGCCUUUGGCGUUGAGCUCUAUGGCUCUUGCUGCUAUACCAAACGCCAUGCUCAGAGGCCGUCCUUCUCUUCCAAAUGUUCCCGCACCCGCAGGUCCGUUCAUGGAUCGCAAUGGAACGACAUUGCCACCCAUUGACACCGUGUAUUACUUCGACCAACUGAUCGAUCACAACAAUCCGGGUUUGGGGACAUUCCAGCAACGAUACUGGACAACUUGGGAGUUUUACGAGGCUGGGGGUCCAAUUAUUUUGAUGACUCCCGGUGAAACCGACGCAGAUGGAUAUGAAUCUUAUUUGACCAACGAGACCGUGAACGGUCUUAUUGCUCAGCAACAGAGCGGCGCGACUAUUAUCGUCGAGCAUCGGUUCUUCGGCCUGUCUAAUCCUUAUGACAACUUGACUUCGCAAAGUCUCGAACUGCUCAAUAUCCAGCAAGCCAUUGACGACUUGGUCUACUUUGCCCAGAAUGUGGAUUUGCCUAUGCCAGGCGGCGAUCAGGUCAAGCCUGAUCAGGCGCCUUGGGUUUUAAUUGGAGGCAGCUAUUCUGGUGCAUUGACGAGUUGGACCAUGGUUAACAAGCCAGGUAUCUUCUGGGCGGCAUAUGCUUCUUCUGGAGUCGUCGAAGCUAUCACUGAUUACUACGGCUAUUUCACACCAAUUCGCGAAUACAUGCCCCAAAACUGCUCCGCUGACGUCGAAGCAGUGAUCGCUUACCUUGACCAGAGCUACGCGAAUAACGACACUGCUGCAAUCGACUCACUCAAAUCGGCAUUUGGUUUAAGUGGGCUAUCCCACAUCGAUGAUUUUGCCUCCGCAUUGCAAGACAACUUGUUUGACUGGCAAUCCCUUCAACCAGACGUUGGACCUGGAGCGAUGUUCUUCCAAUUCUGUGACGCUCUUGAAGUUGAUAAUGGCAUAAGCGCAAAUGCAUCAGGUUGGGGACUUGACCAUACAAUCACUGCAUGGGGCUCAUUCUGGAACACUACCUACUAUGCUUAUGUUUGCGGAAGUGUCGAUGCUGAGGAGUGUCUGGGGACUUAUAACACCACAUCGUCUUACUACACCAGCACAGCCGUCAACAAUGCUAACCGUUCGUGGUUCUGGAUGGUCUGCAACCAAGUUGGCUACUACCAGGUCGGCCCUCCUGAAGGUCAGCCUGCUAUCGUAAGUCGCAUUAUUCAGCCUAUAUACGAAGAGAGGCAAUGCGUGAACAUGUUCCCUCAAGCAUUCAGUACACCUCCCACACCCACCGUCGAGCAAACAGAUACAGAUUAUGAAGGAUGGAACGUGGAAGUUGACCGGCUCUUCUUUGCUAAUGGCCUUCGUGACCCUUGGCGUGAGGCUACCGUCUCCGCAGAUGGCCUGAACAAGCCAAGCACAGACACACAGCCCAUCUAUGAGGGUGAUGGAUUCCAUUGCUCCGAUCUCAUCACUGAGAACGGCGUCGUUGAUGAUACCAUCGCGAAGGUACAGACUGCCGGCCUCUCAUACAUGAAAACUUGGCUCUCGCAGUGGAAAGCACCAACGUCAUAAGGGUGAUUUCAGGAGGAUAUCAGGUUUCAUGAUACCUUUAUAAGUGAAUAUUCUUAUUGGUGGUAUAUAUAGGCAUCUGAACGGAAGGCUUCACAUUUUUAAGUGUAGUAUGGUAGUUGUGAAAGUGGACACUGGGACGGAAUAAGAUGACAUCAAAAAUAUUGCCUAACAACACAGGAAUGUUUCUGCGCUGCAGGAACGGUGGUCGAGAAAACGAGACGUCGUAUAGUGCGAGUAAAUGUAAGUAAAUUUCGUUGUCGUGAAAAGAGGCAGCUCAGCGCACAGAAAUUGGUAUCAUAAAUAAGAAAUACAAUUACCACCACAACCUCCAGCGAUGAGUCCCAGACCCCAAGACCCACUAAUGUGGUAUAUGGAACAUGAAUUCUGCAUCCACUUGUUCAAACCGGUGAACAAUGAUUGUGGCAUCGGCUUUAGAUAGUCCAAGCUUCUUGUGUAGCAUGGCUCGUAAUUCUCCAUGAGAAGGAGACCGUGAAGUCACAGUGCGUAGAAAUUUGGCUAUCCGCACGAACCACGUCCUCCCCUCCGGUUUCCAUGGGCUCGAGUUCCCGCAAAACUCCAAAAUUAAUCGUCGCACCUUCAUCUGCGAACUUUCGUACCUCUUCUGAUACACAGCAUGUAGUCCUAAGGUCGAUGUGAUACAUGCAUGGCCUGCGGGGACAAUACCAGCACUUUUGAAAUACCUCUCAUUUUCCGUCCACCAGCUAUCCAUCGAAUGUUCUUGCUCAAGGCCGUUAACCACGAGCACAACAGGCACCUUUCGCGAACAAAAGAUGUCGUUGAAUAGUUUCCAGUUAGAUUGCACAGUGGCGGUAAUUUUUCCACGCAUGCAGAAGAUGAGUAACUGCACUCCGCCCAACUUCUCAAGCGACCGGACGAGUCGAUAACACUUCUCAAUGGCCUCGAGAUAUCCGGCUUUCCCUAGCUGAGGUUCGUUCAUACCCAUGGUAUCGAACAAACGGAAUGGACGGUGAUCGAUAUUGACCUCGUACUCCAUCGAGUCAAGCGUGCAUCCUUCAGCCCCGCUAGAUAUAUCUGCUUUCUGCGCCCCCGCAAUCUGGUUGAG